GACUGUACAUUCUCUUAGACAACAGAAACGAGUCUUAACUGCACAGUGUUCAAGGUGAAUAACAGAGCUGAAAAUAAUUUGAACAAACGAGAAAUUGGGGAAGUGUGUCUAUGCGCAUCAAUUAGCAAGAAUGGAUAUAAGGCGGAUCAAUGGCAUUCUCAUUUGUUUAAGGGCUAGAGGCAGAGGAAAAUUCGCUCCAACAUGUUGAUUUGAUUAAUUAAAUCAAAUUAUAACCCUGCAAAAUAAUGAAAUAGGCUGAAGACAGACGGAACAUAGUAUACCAUUAAAAGGGUAUCAUUACCAACAAAUACAGAACACAUGUAGGGACAUUUAUUCCUACAUUCCCACGCUGACAUAUCACACACUCACACAUGCAAGUUCCUAUGUCCUUCCCUCUCUCCAUCUUACUCACAUAGAAACAAACUCAUCACCUGCAAACAUGACAGAAAAUGUGAGCUCAAGGAUGGACACCCCAACCAACAUUUCCUUGGUGGGACCAGGGGACCCCAUAUCCCAGUCUCUGGAGUACAAGACUGUGGCAGUUUUUCUGGUUCUGCUAGUCUGUGGACUUGGCAUUGUGGGUAAUAUCAUGGUGGUUCUGGUGGUCCUCACCACGAGACACAUGCGUACGCCCACUAACUGCUACCUGGUCAGCCUGGCCAUAGCGGACCUGACCGUGCUGGUUGCCGCUGGUCUGCCCAAUGUGUCAGACAGCCUGACGGGUACCUGGGUGUUUGGGCAUGCUGGCUGCCUUGGCAUCACCUACCUCCAGUACCUUGGCAUCAAUGUGUCCUCCUGCUCUAUAACAGCCUUUACUGUGGAGAGGUACAUUGCUAUCUGCCACCCAAUGAGGGCCCAGACAGUGUGCACGGUGUCCCGGGCCAAGCGGAUCAUAGCAGGGGUGUGGGUGUUCACCUGUGUCUACUGCAUGCUGUGGUUCUUCCUGGUGGACAUCCAGGUAAUGAAGAGCGGCAGCAUCCAGUGUGGCUACAAGGUGUCCCGUGACCUCUACCUCCCCAUAUACCUCAUUGACUUUGCCAUCUUCUAUGUGAUCCCUCUGCUCCUGGCCAUCGUCCUGUACGGCCUCAUCGCCCGCAUCCUGUACCUCAAUCCACUCCCCAACCGGCCCGAUGUGGGCACGGUCUCCUCUGGUGCCACCAUGCUCCGCAGGAGCUGCAAGGAACCAGCAGAUGGAGGGAAAGGGGGUCGUCAGGGCCGCCCGAAGAGCACGCUCUCCUCCAGGAAACAGGUCACUAAGAUGCUCUCAGUGGUGGUGAUCCUGUUCGCCUUACUGUGGAUGCCCUACCGGACCUUAGUCCUUAUUAACUCCUUCAUUGCCACACCCUACCUGGACGCAUGGUUUGUUCUGUUCUGUCGGAUCUGUAUGUAUGCCAACAGCGCCAUCAACCCCGUAGUGUACAACCUGAUGUCUCAGAAGUUCCGUUCAGCGUUCCGCGGGCUCUACAGAUGCCAGAGCCAGGAGGCCCACCACCGCACCCUCUCCAUGAUCCAGAGCGGCUACAGCAUGGCCAGGGACCCACGCACCCCACAGCAGACCAGCAACGGGACCAAACAGGGGGCCAGGAGAGUGACCUGCACUGACACAGUGACAGAGUGGCAGAGCAAAGACACCUCCCCAGCCAAAGAGAAGAAGGAUCUGGAUCACCUGAAGGAAGAUAGAAAAGACACAAGCUGUGGUGAGAUCAACUCAACACCUCAACAAACUGAGAUCAACUCCACAUCUGGGCAAACUGAGAUCAUAUUCACGCCUAGGCAAAAUGAGAUCAAAUCUACACUUGGGCUGAAUGUGAUCAAAUCCACACCUGGGCAAAAUCAGAUAAAAUCCACACCUGGGCAGAAUGAGAUCAAGUCCACAACUGGGCAAAAUGAAAUCAAGUCCACACCUGGGCCAACUGAGAUGACUGAGGCAGAAAUGAAUCACACAGUGCUGUAGAUAAAACAAGCCUGUUUUCACAUGAGGAAGUGAGUAUUAGUCAUUCACCAAUUCAAACACAUUUUGGUAACAUAUCAAGCCCUUGAUGGGUAUUGCAGGAUGCAUUGGAAUGGAAAAGUCAUCCAUCUCAUUACCCUUGAAUAAGCACUAUCACCUAUUGUAGAAUGAAACGAUUCUGGCCAAUAAUACUAUAUACAUUUAGGAUUCUGGAUUUUUGGCUGUUGCAUAUUCCCAAAAAUCAUCAUCAACAUGUGACAGAGUGGUAUGGACCGCUUCCAGGGAUCACUGCAGGUCUCCUCUGCUUUUGUUAGUGAAUUUCAUUAGGUACACUUCUGUUGUUAAGCUCAGAGGGAAAGAGGAAUAACAUGCUGUUCAGAGAGAGCGAGAGAGAGAGAGCACUAACUGCCUUUAAGGGAUGCCACAAAUACAUUUUUAGAAGUGCUUUUAGGUAUGAUGCUGCUUACAGAGCUCUUCUCAUCAUUCAGUUUCAAAGCCCUAAAAAUCAGAUGUGAAAUAGUUAUGAUCUGUCCUCCCUGCAGUCCAGGGACAACACUGUAAAGCACUGCCAUUUGUUCUGCAUAAAAGCCCCUGCUCAGAGCACAGGACAUGUUAAUAUAGUUGUAUCUCCACUUUGCCAAGAGAUACUGUACAUGUUAAUGUUCUGGGCCACAUGUAAGACAGUUGGAAGGACUGGGGUAACCGUGGUUUGAGAGUACACAGGUUAAAUGCCCAUAGAUGUUAAAUGUUUGGGUUAAUAUCCGGAUAAACAGCCGUCGUAAAUGAUCCCUUAACAAUGUUUGGGGAAGUGGGAAUAUUAGGAUGCUGGCCUUCAAAGUGGUUCAGCCGACCAAGCUCUGCGAAAAUGAGUUGAAGUUGCUGCAUUAUUGAAAGAGUGGCUCAUCCGCUGUCUACACAUCCACACCUCAUUAUGAGUCAUGGUCCCAGCCCAACCUAGGCUCAGUCUCUUUCAAAUCACACAUCCUGAAUUAAAGUGGAUUGUGUGCACAUUCUUUAUCCUGUAAUGAGAAUACCACUCUAGUUUCAGUCAUUGCUAGUGAGUAGCCAUCAAGACAUGUAUAGAUGAGUAAGGUUUGCAGCAUUUUAAUACAGAUAGUUUCAGUGCCACAGAUUUAGUCAUCAUCCGGUUCAUGUCGUACACGUAUAGGUCCCAUGGCCAUUCUACAGUAUGUGAUCUCCAAUCCCAGUGGUCGGCAGACUAUUACGUUUUAUUACACAAAUAUGGACACAUUUCAAAUCUCUAAUAAUAGGUUUUUUUUGUUGAGAAAUAAGUGCAUCAUAUUGAGACUCUAGUGGAUCCUUUGAUAUGAAUAGAAAUGCCUUUUAACGCGAUCCAACAAUUUCAUUCCUGAAUGUCUUUCCAAAAGUAUGUUUUGUUCAGUCGCUGUCACUUGGUCUCUUUUCAAUGCUUUUUUCAAAGUCUUGGUUCUCCCUCUCUGUCUUCCCAGUUGACCUUGUCUUUUAUUCGUGCCAUCUAAAACCUGUGCCUGAAAGAAAAGCACUGAACAUUUCCUACGUCAUCGAGAUGGGUUGAGAAUACUUCUGUCAUUUUGCCCAAAAACAGUUGAAACCUAAUUCAUGUUUUGCUUUGUAUUUGAAAAGCAGUACAUCAUUCUGUUUGUUAAGGAUAAUUACAACAUUCUCAAACAUAACUGCCGAAGCGACAAAUGUGGCAUAACAAAACACUCUUUAUCUAGUUGUUUAUACA